AACACCGUAGUCCUCGACAUGUGUCAAUUGUGUAUAUGAGCAUGAAGUACGCAUUACAUGUAAAUACAACCAUGACAGCUACACAACCUAGCAUCAUUCUUUUAUUCAGUGGUAAGCGAAAGUCAGGAAAGGACUAUGUGACAGAUUUAAUACAGAAAAGACUGACUGCAGAGAUCUGCUGUAUACUCAGACUGUCUGCACCUCUCAAAGAGCAGUACGCAAAGGAUCAUAAUCUUGACUAUGAGGAGCUGAUGGGUUCUGGUCAGUAUAAGGAGAGCUAUCGUGCUGACAUGAUCCACUGGGGUGAGAUGAAGAGACAGCAGGACUCUGGCUUCUUCUGUAGACUGGCCAUCAAACAUGCCGCACAGCCCGUCUGGAUAAUCAGCGACUGCAGAAGGAUAUCUGAUGUGCAGUGGUUUCAUGAAGCGUUUCCUGAUAAGUGUGUGUGUGUUCGGGUGGAGGCGUCUGAACACACCAGAUCACAGAGGGGUUGGAGAUUCACCUCAGGUAUAGACGACGCUGAGUCUGAGUGUGGUUUGGAUGAGGGUGUGAAGUUUGACCGUAUCAUUAGGAACGAUGGAACUGAUGACAUUCUGGAGAAACAUCUGGACGAUCUUCUGUCAUCGGUCGAGUCACAGGUGGACUUAAAAACACACACAAUAGCAUCAUAACGGAUUCAUAAAAACUUCUGAAGUAAUUUUUGGAGAACUUGCAAACUCUCGGAUGGAUAUUUCUCGUCAUCAUUAUCUUGUUGUCACUCAUUCUUUAUUUGUUACACUUCUUUUUGGAUACAUUUGAUUUCAACAUCAGUUUAUGGAUGUGAGGAAUGAGUGGGAUUCUGACAGAAAUGAGUUCUCCAUAUUUUGGGGUAUAUGUUCAAUAUCAGUUAUUGAUUAUUAUUUUAAACCCUUAUAUACUGUUGGGGAUGUUUUCAUCCACUCUGGGCUGAUUUUGAGUCUUAAUUUGGUCAUAAGUUUCUCCGUGUUUCAGCUAGCAGAAUGAUUUUUGGUGACUAAUCUUAUUUCGACACAUAUUUUGAGAAAAUGCUUUAAAUUAAAAAUACUCAACAAUACACUCUGGGCAAAUUGACUACCCUUUUG